AUGGGAGGAUCAGCUUGGGAACCACAGCAUGGGCGAGGUGUACUACAGGGAGCUCAUGGGCCUCGGUUCUUCGCUAGAGACGGCAGCCAGCACCAUACUCAACAUCAGCAGCAGCAACAGCAGCGGCAGCCAGCAGUGUACACGCCGAAGCACUCCCCCACUCGUGCGUACUCUCACAGGCUUCCAACCAGCAUGGAUGCUGCUGCCUGGGCGCUCUGCCAUCACCCCUCUUCACCGCUCCGCAGCGCUCCCAUAGGGGCUGUGGCUGCGGCUGUGGCUCAGGCUGCGAGUGCUGCGAGUGCUGUGAACGCUGCCAGUGCAGCAGGGAUGCCAGGAGGAGGCCACGGCUUCUGGCCCAUGAGACGUGACAUGGUGGGCCCGUGGCACAUGGGGCCUAUGGGGUCCAUGGGAUCUAUGAGGUCUAUUCCCACUAUGCCCAUGCCCAUGUCGCUUCAGCUUCCGAUGGCUGCACUGCCACCCAUGACCUCCACACCGCCUGCUGGUUGCACCAUGCAAGCAUCGCCUGUGCCUGCACCGUUCCCAGCUGUUUUCCAGGCGAAUCCAGUGGCGGCUCAUUCCUGGCCCACGAGCAGAUGGCCUGCAGGCAACGGAACGAGGGGUAACAUGGGAGUUAACGGCAGUGGGGACGCGGGUGUACCAGACCGCAUGAAUGGUGAUGCCGGUGGGGACGCAGUAGAGGAAUGCUUGCAGGCCAUGCAGGCCAUGUCCAUCGACCCAUCCGAUUCCUCUACUCACGUUUCUCAGCCAUCCAAGUGGAGCAGCUUGGCGGAGGGUGCACCAGGCAGAGCUGAUUGCCAGUCAAUGGGUGACUGCAGCAAGUUCCCAGGGAGUGGCAGCAUGCCAUCUUCCUUGCACCUGCACCGCCCCUCCUCUGACUAUAGCUCCACGUCAGCCACUCCCUCGGUGCCCCACCAGCAAACAGUACGACAUGUACCAACCAAUCAGCAACAGCCAUCAUAUUCUAUAGACGCAUACCCGCGCCUAUCGCCUCCGUUCUUCUGGCAUGAGGCUGUGUGGAUGCCUGGUUUCGCUCUCUCCCAUGGCUUCUUCCCUUCCUCCUCCACCAACACCAGAAGCAGUAGCGCAGCCAGCAGCAAGUGCGCCAGUAGCACGCCUUUCAAUGGUGUGGCACACCCAUUGGGUCCAUUCCCUGGAUCGCUUCCUGUCCCAGGCAAUGGGGUUUUCAACUGGUCUAUGUUACAGCAGCAGCACAUGUACAUGCAGCACCAGCAGCAACAGCUGCAGCAGCAGCAGAAACAGCAGCAGCUGCAGCAACAACAGCAGCAGCAGGAGCAACAGGAGCAGCAGCUUCUCGUGAAACCCGUUCCACAGCGUGCAGAGCCCAUAACCAAGGAGGGCAGCGCUGACAGAGGAUGCCAGCAAGGUGUGCCAGGCACUGAAACCCCACGGCAGGAACACGACAUGAAGACUGGGGAUGUGAGAGAGAAUGAGGAGGAGAGUGAAGGAAAAGCAAGUGAUUAUGAAGAACCGUGUGGUACAACGGCAGGGAGUGAAUGCAACAAGGCCGAGAAAACAGACGACAAUGUAAUUUCUCCAGACAGCCCGAAGGCGCAUGACUGCUCCUCUUCUGCACAUCCCUCGCAGUCCUCACGGCCCGCACAGCCUUUACCUCGGCAGUCUCCUCUUCAGAGCAGAACCCCGUCCCGCCUCAAGCCAUGUGACUCUGUGCACGUUCAUCUCUCUCUCUCCCUCCAAAUCCCCUCCCCACGCGCCUUCUCUCGCCUCUUCAGGAAGCCUCCACGUGCCCGCAGAUCCCCAGGCCUCAGAGUGCUGUCACCGGGCCUCAGUCCCACGCAAAAGCAGCUGCUUGCAGGGGAAGCUGCGCACGGCAUGGGGCUCAGAAGCCCUUCUUCCCCCCGUUGCGCCGCCACUUCUCCACGUCUGCGCUCCUGCCGCACUUCCUUCCCCCCCUGUGUCCCCCGCUGCAGCCCCACCUUUUCUUUUCUUCCGGAUUCGCUUUCCCCGCUCCACUCCCCUCUGGUCCUCUCACCCACUGUUGCCCUGCAUGUCUCGCAUCCCUCAUCCCCAGUUGGCCCCUGUUCCCCCCGCUGCUGUUUGCAAGGCACCAGCCCAGCAAGGAAGAGGGAGAGUGUGAAGUGCAACAUGGGCAAUGAUAGGGGUAGGGGUGGUGGAGAAGAGGAUAGGCUAAAAGAGGCAGGCGGGUUGGAGAAGGAAGGAAAUGCUCGCACUGGAGUGGGUGCAAAUGACGAGUAUCUUGUGAAGCGGCCCGCCAAGCCGUCGGCGGCGGAGUCGGUGCAGUGCGAAUGCCACAAGGGCGCGGGGGGCCGCGCGCGGGAGAGCAUCACGGGCCGGGGGUGGAAGCGACUGGUGGUGGCGGAAGAGGAGGAGGAGGAUGAGGAGGAGGGGGAAGAGGAGGGGAGUGAUGAUGGGAGCUCGGAUGAUGGUUCGGAGGGGGGAGAUGGAGCAGAGGAGAGCGACGAGGAGGAUGAGGAGGAGGGGGAGGAAGGAGAGGAUUCAGAAUCGGAGGAAGAGGAGGAGGAGGAGGCGGCGGAGGAUGAGGAGGAUGGGGAGUGGCAGGGAGGCAAGAGGAAGGCGAGCGCGGUGAAGAUGAGCCAGCAAGGAAGCACGGCCAAGGGGAAGGCGAAUGCGCAGGCGACGCACAAGACCAAGACAGGGAGGAGGCGGAGGAGGAGGAAUAUGUCCAUCUGUGGCGAGACAUGCCUCUGCCGGUGUGUGAUUGCCAGUCCUGCACCUCCUGUCAAGGAGAUUGCGGCUCUCCUUCCUCGCACCGUCUGCUCUCUCCACUCCCCACGCUCAUCCCUUUACACUCUCACGCUCUCCUCUUUCUCUCUCAUUCCCCGUUCAUCCUCUACCCUCCCUCCCCCUCCCCUUCUCCCCUCCUCCCCUCUCCUUCCCCCUCCUUCCCCCUCCUUCCCCCUCCUUCCCCCUCCUUCCCCCUGCACGUGUCCUCACCCCCCAACCCAACCCAGCAUGCUGCACACGGAUAAGUGCGGGUGGGGCCUCAAGGCCAACGAGGACCUCCCUGCGGGAUGCUACGUGAUGGAGUAUGUGGGGCAAGUGAUAGACGACGCCACGUGCGAGCAGCGCCUGUGGGACAUGAAGGCCGCCGGGGAGACCGACUUCUACCUCUGCGAGGUGAGCAGUGACAUGAUCAUAGACGCGCGCUACAAGGGCAACCUCUCGCGCCUCAUCAACCACUCCUGCAACCCCAACUGCGAACUGCAGAAGUGGCAGAUGGAUGGGGAGGUGCGCAUAGGCGUGUGCACGCUGCGCGCAGUCAGCAAGGGGCAGUUCCUCACAUACGACUACCAGUUCAUAGGGUUCGAGCUACAGCCCAAGGAGUGCCACUGCGGGGAGCCCAACUGCCGCGGCCUCCUCGCCACGCGCACCAUCUCCCCCUUCACCCUCCCCCUCCCCUUCCCCGCCCCCGCCCUCCCCGCGCUCCCCAUUCCGCCCGCCUUGCCCGCCACCCCCCCGCAUGCAGGGGGAACCGUUCCCCCUGGGGGCGCGCAGGGGAAGGGGAAGCGCGGAGGCAGAGGGGGAAAAGGGGACGGAAUAAAAGGGGAAGGGAGGGGGAAGACUGUGGUGGAUGUGUGUGGGGGAGUCGUAACAGGGGGCAGCGGGGCAGGCAGGGGCGGGGUGAGGGGAAGAGGACGGGGAAGAGGAGGUAGUAUGGGGCAGCAAGGAGCAGUGGGCGUGGGGAGAGGAAGCGGGAGGGGAAGAGGGCGAGGCAGGUGGGAGGUGGGAGGAAGGGAGUGUGGAGAGAGGGGUGGUGGCAAGAUGGGGAGAGGCAGGGGUGUUUCUGCAGGAGGUGCAGCAGUGCCGAUUGCCUUGGGGAGAGGUGCAGAAGGGAGCAGCAGAGGCAGCGGCAGAGGGAGAGGGAGAGGGAGAGGAAAAGUGUGGGUGAAGCAGCCGAAGAGGCAGCAUCUGUCAGAGCUGCAUGCGGACGGGCACACUCUGGUGAGCGCUGGUGGUGCGCUUGACACUGACCGAGACUUGGCUGAUGUUUCUCGUGCCAGGGCUAAGAGUAUGGCUCUAGAGGCGGAUGAGGAGGAGGAGGAGGACGUGGAGGAGGAAGAGGAGGAGGAGGAGGAGGAGGCAGAUGAGGAGGAAGAGGAGGAGGAUGAAGAGGAGGAGGAAGAUGAGGAGGAAGAGGGAGAGGAAGAGGAAGAGGAAGAGGAGGAAGUGGAGGAAGAUGAGGAAGUGGAGGAAGAGGAAGAGGAAGAGGAAGAGGAAGAGGAAGAGGAAGAGGAAGAGGAAGAGGAAGAGGAGGAAGAUCUGCAGGAGCGCGGGGAAGAGAUAUCUGGGGAGGGGCGUCGUGGGAGCAGGCGCCUCAUUCCGGGGCCGGGGUGGGCCCCGGUGCCCCUGCUGCGCGGCACCAGGCGCAAGCGCCAGGCACGAGGAGUGCGAGGGGGCAUGCGCAGUGAUGUGCGCGGUAGCACUGCUGGCGCUGCUGCUGGGGGCAGCACCGCUGCUGGGGCCACCGUGGCUGCGGCUGGGGGCCGUGCUGCUGUGGCGGUGGGUGGGUGCGCUGGCGGGCAGGGGGACGUGGGCGUGGGCGUGGGCGUGGGCGUGGGCGUGGGCGUGGGCGUGGGCGUGGGUAUGGGUAUGGGCAGGGAGUGGGUUUCUUGCUGUCCUGCCUCUCACUGCCACCUCUGUGCUGCUGCUGCGGUUGCUGCUGGUGGUGGUGGCUUCAAAGUACCUGCUGGGCCUUGUUUGGCUGCUGCUAGUGCCGGCCCUUAUUCUGCUGUUGCAGCUGCUGCUGCCGUGGGAAGAGGAGCAGUGGGAUAUAGUGGGAGCAGACAGACGGAAGUAGGGGGGCCUCAGCUGGACCAGAGAAUCAAGGGGCAGACUGUAGAGAGGGUGUACUCGCGGAAGAGGCUAAAAAUGGAUGUUACUGUAAAGAAAGAGCCAGUGGGCGAGGAGCCACUGGCAGGUGUGAGGGUGUGUGCUGGUGAGGGCGAGGGGGGUGAAGGAGUGGUGAAGAAAGAGUGGGAAGAGGUGCAGAGAGUGGGGGAGGAGGUGAAGAGAGUGGGGGUGGAGGUGGGGAAAGGGGGCCUCAUGCGUUAUGGGAGGGAGUAUCAGAGACGGAGGAAGCGGAUUCAGACGGAGGGGUGUGACGCUGCAGAGGGGCUAGUGGGGGAGAGUUUCUGUGCAGCAUGCACAUGCAGAGGCGCGGAUGGUGCAGGGGGGGUGCACACAGGGGGCGUGCACACAGGGGGCGUGCACACAGGGGGCGUGCACACAGGGGGCGUGCACACAGGGGGGGUGCACACAGGGGGCGUGCACACAGGGGGCGUGCACACAGGGGGCGUGCACACAGGGGGCGUGCACACAGGGGGCGUGCACACAGGGGGCGUGCACACAGGGGGCGUGCACACAGGGGGCGUGCACACAGGGGGCGUGCACACAGGGGCAAGGACUCCUGUGGUGAUAGCGCAUGAGCACAUGUGGCGCAUGGCUACGGAUCAACGGCCAGGAUUGCAGGGUGUGGCGGUGGAGGGAGCGGGACAGACGGUGCCGAGGAGCGGGUGGCAGAAGCAGGCUCUCUCUCUGCUCCCACCUGCCCCUCGUGGCCCCUCGUCGCCCCAUGAUGCAUGCGUGCACAUGUGCGCACAUGGCAUGGCAUGCCCAGUAGCAGCAGCACAGGCGUGUGGCGAGGGAGUGGCGGCAGUGAGGGGUGUGACUCCAGAUGAUGUGCCUGAAAGGGGGUCCGCCACUGGCAAUGGCGCGCUGGCAGUGGGUGCACACGUGGACACUGCUGGUUGCACUGAUGUGACACGUCAGCAGGAAAGGGAAGGGGAUGGGGGACGCUUGGGGGGAGAGGAGGGGAAGAGAGACGGAAAGGAGGGGAUGUUUGAAGGUAGAGAAGGGAAAGGGGAGAGAGGGAGGGGGAGAGGAGUGAGAAGGGGUAGAGGAGGGAGAGGAGGGAAGGGAGGGAGAGGAGGGAGACGAGAUGGAAGAGGGAGCAAAGGCAGCGAUGGGAGAGAGGAUGUGGCUACAGGUGACCUCAAGGGGCUUGGCGUUGCUGCUGCUGCUGCUGCUGCUGCUGCUACUGCUGGUGGUGACGCCAGUGCUGCUGCUGCUGCUGCUACUGCUGGUGGUGACGCCAGUGCUGCUGCUGCAUGCGGGCAGGGCAGGAGAGGGGGCAUGUCUUGCGCUCGAGCAGCAGGGCCGGGCCGAGGGGGAAGUGGCAGCAGCAGACACGCAGCAGCUAGAGUGGUGGCAGCUGCAAUGACUCGCGUGGCGAGGGGAGGGCGGGGAGGGCGAGGAGGGCGUGGAGGGCAGGCGGGUGUGGUGUCCGCAGGGAGGGGAGGCGUGGCCAUAGGAGGUAGCAGUGACGUGGAGACAGGGGAAGAUGGUGCUGGCACCAAGGGGGGAGGGAGGGGAGGGAGAGGAGGGCGGGGGAGGGGGCGGAGGGGCGGGGGCGCGUGGUGGGGCGGGGGUGGGGGGCGAGGGGGCGCGGAGGCGGAGGGGGUGCGGGAUGCCAUGCUGGAGCGGCUGAGCCAGGCGCUGGUGGGGCAGCGCGUGCAGCUCUGGUGGCCCCUGGAACAGAGGUUCUUCGCAGGCACGGUUAUGGGCUUUGACCCCGCCACCAUGAAGCACCAUGUGAGUUGCCCCUCCACCAUGCAUGUGAACCCACGUGUAUGUCAUGUCAGCAUGCGGGGUAGCACCAUCCCUCCUCUCCCCUGUCUUCCACCCGCACUCCUCUCCUCCUCUCCCCCGCCUCCCUUCCCCGCUUCCUCCCCCUGGUCCAUACACUCACACUCUAAAGGCCUCACCAACCCUCCCUCCCCUCUUCUCCCCUUCCCCUCCCCCUUAUCUCCCUCCCCUCUUCCCCCCUUCCUUCCCUCCCUUCCAACCCCCUCGCUCCCUCCCCUCCUCCCUUUCCUCUGUUCGCAGGUGCGGUACGACAAUGGGGACGAGGAGCACAUGGUGCUGGGCCGCGAGCAGUGGCAGCUGGAGGCGCACCCACCGGGCAGAGCAGGCAGAGGCGCGCAGGGGGGAAGCAGCACGGGGAGAGGCACAGGGGAGGGCGCUGGAGAGGGGGCAGGGGGCGAUGGGGAGGGGGAAGGAGCAGGGGAGGAGGCAGGAGGGAGAGGCAGGGGGGUGAAGCGGGGUGUGGGGUCGGGCGGAGCUGCUCGUGCUGCUACGGGCAAGGGCAAGAGGCUUGCGGAUGGUGCGCCCCUGCUGAGCCUGGCCGAUGCGCCGAAGCUGUUUGGUUCGGCGCAGCGGCCAGGUUCGGGGCUGAGCCGGGCGGAGCAGGAGGCGCUGGCACGGCAGCAGGCGCUGGUGGGGCGAAGGGUGGAAGUGUGGUGGCCGCUGGAACAGAGGUUCUUCAAGGGGGUCAUUGGCGGCUACGAUGCUUCCACUCUCAAGCACAGGGUGGCAUAUGAUGAUGGUGACGUGGAGCACGUAUCUUUGCGUGCGGAGCGGUGGCGCUUUGAGAGACAAACGGUGCCACCCACUGCCUGCUACUCGUUGCCCUUCUCCUGGCGAUCCGAGCCACUGACCCACCGUGCGGUGCGCGACCUGCAGGGCGAGCAGAUCAGGAUUUGGGCACCGCAACUCCACAGGUUCCGCAACGGCACGGUGGUAUCAGUGGCACACAGCAAGUUUACCAUCGAG